UCAGCAGGAUGGCUGUCCUCAAUGACCUAGGUGCAAUCCCUCAAGUAUCAUUGGAUUAUUUCAAGUCUGCUGCCCUGCCACCCCUUCAUGCAGAGAUUGGCAUUGCCGAAAUCAAGACUUCACUGGAGGCCUCUCAGGUUUUGUCCUGAGACUCGGGGUGGACUGCGUUUAAGAAGGAGCCAAAGGUUUUGGAUGUAUCUGAGGAGCAGGUGUUUGGACCCCUUUCAGUGGUUUUUGAGGCAAUCAUCAGCAAGGCUGGCAGAGUUGUGCACACCUCAGCAAGGCUUGAGUUUGUAUCAUGACCUGCACAUUCGCCACACUCUGAUUGCUCCAAUUCAACUUGCCUGGAUGCAUACUUGCUGCUAGUGGAGAAGAAGAGUGUUGGCGUGCAAGAGGCCAAGAAGAAUGAAGCUGAAGGCUCUGAUCACAAUUCAUGGGAUGAUAUCGCCAUUUUGUUUGAGUUCAAAAAGGGUGAUGGGACUGCCGAGCAUGAAGAUCAACCCAUGUCGCCAUGUGACAUUUGGUGUUACCAUUGAGAACACACAAAUGAGGUUUUGGUUCACUUGCUGGGCAGUCAUGCUCAUCAGCAAGUCAUUCAGUUUCCUUACUGAGCCAGAACACCUCAUCCACUUCUUCUGUGCCCUUGCAUUUGCAAAAGACCAUGAGCUCAGAUGGGAUCCAACAAUCUGGAGAGUGUGUGUCAAGGGUAAAACUCAAUACAUCAUCACUGUGCAUUCAGAAAAUGGGGGAACCAUCAAAUACCCAACCAUGAAUGUCAUUUCCAAUUUUGGCACUGAUGGUGUGAUGGGUCAUGGGACUUGGGUCUUCAAAGUCUAUCCUAUGCCUCAAGAUGGAAAAUUGGACAGGGAACCCAUUGAUAAAAUCCUUCAAAAAAUAUUUGGUGACUUGUGGGAGCUGAAGGGCAUCGAGGCAGAGAAUGAGGCUAGAAAAUAUUUUCUCACUAUUGUUGAAGCAGGAGAUGUGAUUGUGAAUGGGAUGGUCGAUGGCACCACCAGCCUUCUACAUGCAUCUGAUCUGCCAGCUGACUGUCCUUCAUAUGUGCUACCUGUUGAUGGUAAAUGGAAGGGUGCCACCAAUCAUUCAAAAAUCCAUCACAGGAUCCAUUUUCAUCUGGUGUUCCAGGAAGUUUGCAUGCCUAUAUACAAACUUCAGUGCCUCAAUACUGUGUUUCAGAUGCUGCAAGAUAUUCAUGAAGCUUUGGAAAUUUUGCACAGCAUAGAUUGGGUGCACCAUGAUGUCAGCACCACAAACUCUUUACGUGUGGGUGAGGUGGGGAAGUUAGCUGACCUGGAGUAUGUGAAGCAUAUGAACGACACAAGCAGACAUGAGAUCCACAUGGAAACUGUGAAUUUCAUGGCUUGUGAGGUUGAAGGUCAAACAUACCUCUUUAAGCCACCUGGAUUUUUUGACAAAGUCUACAGUCCCCCAUUCAGGUUCAAUCCCCUGCACAAUAUGGAGUCUUUGUGGUGGAUUCAAACAUGGAUACUCUAUUACCAUGUUGGCCAACCACACAGCCAACAGUCAUCAAAACAGGAGGAUUACUCAAAGAACCUCUUUCCUGGACAGCUCAAAGUUGCAAUGAUGCAUGGGAAGCUUAAGCUAGCUUACAUUGAAAGUGAAAAGUGCUUGCCACAGGAGCCACCGGCCUAUGUUGCUCCACUUGCAGGUCUCCACACCAUUUUUAGAGAACACCUUGCAACUGCUGUUGAGGUCUCUAAAGAUGUCAUUCUUUUUAUCCCAAUGGAUAAAUGGCCAAAUCCAGAAGACUCAACCCAUGAAACUCAAGGCAAAAAAUGAGUGGACUGAUCGAACAUCAUUCAAAUGUCACAACUCUCCAGGCCCAUGACACUACUUGAAAUAUCAAUAAAUGCUUACUGUACUAUCUUGCAUAUGAAUCCUGCUUUUCCCACCACUUUCCCUUGUUUAGUAGUCCCUUGCUUGUGCUUAAGGUUCCAACUCAUUGAGUCAUCAGAGAAAAUGUACUGGUUGACACAUCAUGAUGACCAUUCUUAGUAACACCAUAGCUGAAGCAAAUCACAAGACCAGAAGCAGCAGUAGUGAAGGGUUUGCUAGAGACAAUGGAUAGACACAAGAGUAUGUCAUGGUUCGAGAGAAACUGGUAGAUUGUAAAACAG